CCGAAAUUUGGGCCGGUGCGCCGCGCGUCACGGGCACGUGGGAGGUGGCAGCGGGAGUCACGGAGGAGUCACGGCUGCCGUAAAUGACUGGGAAAUGCGUGGAAAAAGCGGGCCAAAUGAGGGAAUUGCGACGAACCGGCUGGUUGCUAUUGGGCGAUGGCAGGGCGUGACGGAGGCGCGUGGGCAAUCGGGACCGAGAUUUGAUCUGGGCCGUGUGCUCCGCCGCAAAUCGUAAGGAGAGUGGGUUGGAUGGCGCAUAGCCCCGGAUUCGACGCGACAUCCGGCCACGCCCCAGAGUCCUCGCGUGCGGGCGCGCAAGGUCGGUGGCCACCCAGCCCCGCACCCGCCGUCCCAGCCAGCCUGCUCACCCCGCCCUCGCCAGGGGCCUUCAAACUCACGAGCACCACCAUGCAGAACCAGAUCCACGAACUCGCAAAGACCCUGCCCCCGCCCCGCAAGCAGAACACCGCCUGUGAUGCCUGCAGAGCACGGAAAGUAAAGUGCAACCAGCUCCCCGGCCUCGACAAGCACUGUCUGUCCAAGAAUUAUCCAUGCACGCAUUUUGUCCAAGCCGCGACGACCGAGAAGAAGCGCAGCGCCGCUGCCUCCAGGCGGCCCCGAGCUCUCAGCGGCACCAUCACCACCCCCGCCCAGAUCCCGACUGCGAGUUCGUCCCGGGGCCCCACCGUAAUAGAGCAGCCUACGCCCGGCCACGCACCGACGUCGCCCAACUACCCCAGCACGACCGCCCUCCGACCGUCUCAGACAUACUGGCCGCAGUAUCACCCCGUCACAUCGCACACGUCCACGCGAGAACUGCUCGCGUAUUUGUUCUCGCCCCCGGUCCCCAGCUCGACGUAUCACGCCUCGGCGGGGCUUCCUGGUGCGUACGCGGACUGGGGCGAGGCGGCGCCCCGACUAUCCGAAGAAUCUUUCCGCGUCGAACUCGCUCUGGACCUGGUCGAGGUCUACUUCCAGAUCGUGCACACGCGCCUCCCGCUGCUCAAUCCUGCACAGUUCCGCGCGCGGCUGCACUUCAGCCUGUACGUCGCGCCGCAAUCGCGCAGCCAUUCGCCGCACACGCCACCGUCCGCGUCGUCGACAGCGUCCUUCCUAUCCAAGAGCGCCCAGCCGCAGAAUGACGCGCACAAACCGCUCCAUCCCGCGCUCGUCGCGACGGUCAUUGCAUGGGGCGCCAAGUUCUCGGAGCACCCGCUACUCAUGGCAGACCGUAAUCAGAAUGGCAACCAGAGCCAUAUCGCGAAAACGCUAAUCAACCGUGCGCGCGAUCUGGCGGAGGACUUGAAGGUCCACCGCAUCCCAACGGCGGACCACGUUGUGAUUGCACUCUUAAUUGAGCCCAUGCAGAAUCAGAACAUGGACGCCGCAGAUGGUUAUCACGGCUUCUGGCUGAUGUCCGCCAUCCGCCUUUUACUCGACCUCCAGAUCAACCACAAGUCGGUCAUGUCGAACAUCCAGGACCAAGAGGACCGUGGGACGAUGAUCUUCGCGUGGUGGAUGGCCUGUCUCGCCGACGCGUAUCGGAGCGUGUACUACAGGCGCAAGCCGAUGCUGGACGACGACGAUUACGAUAUCGAUUUCUACACUGUGGGUCCCGUCGCGCCUGAGCACCUCGAAACCCAGGGGACUCAGCCGUCGCCCCGUGAGCAGCUGGAGUUUCUGGUCAGUGACCUACAGGGCUCGUAUCGUCCGCGGACUGAUCGAGACGAUCCUCCGCAGGGGUACUACCGUGCGUCGCAUGCGCUCGCGCGGAUCUCCCGCCAGAUGUCGCGCCAGCUCUGGCGCCCCGCGACCGAGUCCGACGGGGUCCCGCUCGAGAUCCUGAACAACUUCAUGAACCUUCUGAGCGACUGGCGCGAGGAGUACCUCCAGCACGUCGGCGUGCCGAACAAUUUUGACUCGGGCUGGGACUUUGUCAGCGCCGUGACGGCUUGUGCGAGCGACGCGACGUACCAUAUCAUGUGGAUCGUGCUGUUCAGCGCGGUGGACGACUUUGGGAUCAGGGAGAUCAACGACCUCCAGCGCACGGGCAGCCCAGGUCACCUGCACCCCAAGGCGAUGGAGAUCGAAGGGCAGAAGCAGAAGGUUCUGGAUACCGCGUUGGCAUCCGCGACGCGCAUCGCGGGCCUGGCCGGCAUCCUCACGUUGAACGGCUAUCUGGUGCGUUUUACGAGAGGGGGGCUUCCCCGGAAGCGUGAGUGAGAGCUGAUGGGCGUGCUCGGUCGUUCGCAGAGGCUGGACUCGGCGGUCAUGCACGUCAGCAUCAUCCAGGCGGGCAUGCUUCUCGCGCGCCUCGGACGGCCGGAGGUCAAGAACUGUAUCGAGGGCCUCGAACAGUACGGCUACGCGUACGAGGAGUGCGCGGAGCAGGCUGCAGAGAUGCGGCGCGUGUACGCACUGGCUAUUGCGGGCGAGCUGGAUCUGAACCAUAUGAUGUCGGUGUACCCCAGGUCCGGCGGGGGUAUGGGCGCGUCUAUGGGUCCAGCGAGCAACGCGAUGGUUGUGGACCCACCUAUGUUUGGU